AUGACAGGACUGAUGAGCGGCAAGCGCGGCCUGAUCAUGGGCGUCGCCAACGACCAUUCGAUCGCCUGGGGAAUAGCCAAGGCCGUUGCCGAGCAGGGAGCCGAGCUCGCCUUCACCUAUCAGAGCGAAGCGCUCGGAAAACGCGUCAAGCCGCUGGCCGGAGAACUCGGCUCGUCGCUGGUCAUGCCCUGCGAUGUCGAGGAUGUCGGCACCGUCGCCUCGGUGUUCGAAACGCUGGGCAGCGAAUGGGGCAGUCUCGAUUUCAUCGUCCAUGCGAUCGGGUUCACCGACCGGUCGCAGCUCAAGGGCCGCUAUGUCGACGUGACGACGCGUGAGAACUUCACGCGGACCAUGGUCAUCUCGGCCUAUUCGUUCACCGAGGUCGCGCAGCAAUCGAUGGCUCUUCUCAACCCCGGCGCCUCGCUUCUGACGCUGACCUAUGGCGGAUCGACACGGGUUAUGCCCAACUACAAUGUGAUGGGCGUGACCAAGGCCGCGCUGGAAGCCAGCGUGCGCUACAUGGCGGCCGACUUCGGCGCCCAGGGCAUCCGCGUCAACGCGCUUUCGGCGGGUCCGGUACGGACGCUGGCCGGCGCCGGCGUGUCCGAUGCCCGGCUGAUGUACAAUUUCCAGCAAAAGAACUCGCCGCUGGCCCGGGCGGUCAAUCUGGACGAUAUCGGCGGCGCCGGGCUUUACCUUCUGUCCGACCUUUCCGGAGGCGUGACCGGCGAAAUCCACUAUGUCGACAGCGGCUACAACAUCAUGUCGAUGCCGCGCCUCGACGAGCUCAGGCGCACCGACCAAAAAUAA